CUCCUACGUGCAGGAAAAGGCAUCGCCGGGACGUAGGUUUCCUGUAAUCACGCUGUGUAUUUGAUCCUGACGAGUCGCAAUCGAUAUUAGUGGGAUUCAAAGUACAACGAUAAAUGAGUUGAGAAGGUCAAGGGCAGAAAAUACACCGCAGAAUACCACUGGACAACUCCAAAUUUUUUCUGGGGUGCUUGAAAUGCUUCUUCACGUUUGCUUACUCUGGUCCAUUCUGACAACUGCAACUUGUUUAUUCAACGUUUAUCCCAAAAUAAAACUAAUUUCUCACAAAGGAGAUCCUGGAAAACCUUUGUUUCUAACUCCACUAAUUGAAGCCGGUAGGAUCAAGGAGGCCCAAGAUGCUGCAAAAGUAGGACCGUUGAGAGGGGCAGAAAAUGUAACUAGUUUUUCUGGUUAUCUUACAGUGAACAAGGCAUUCAACUCUAAUUUGUUUUUCUGGUUCUUCCCAGUUGAGAUUGCUAAUUAUACAUCUGCUCCUGUAAUUCUGUGGCUACAAGGAGGUCCUGGGGCAUCAUCCUUGUUUGGGCUGUUUACAGAAAAUGGGCCAUUUUCAGUAAAUAGCAAACUUUACUUGAAACCCAGGAAAUUUUCGUGGACAAAAACUGCUUCUGUCAUCUAUAUCGACAAUCCAGUUGGAACAGGCUACAGCUUCACCGGUGGGGACGAUGGAUACGCAAAGAAUGAAACUAUUGUCGGGGAAGAUCUCUACAAUGCUCUCUUGCAGUUUUUUCAGUUAUUUCCAGAGUUACAGAAAAGUGAAUUUUAUGUUACAGGAGAGUCAUAUGCAGGUAAAUAUGUUCCUGCUGUUUCAUACACUAUACAUACAAAGAAUCAAGUUGCAAAACAGCUCAUCAAUUUCAAAGGCAUGGCUAUUGGCAAUGGUCUCUGCGACCCAGAACACAUGCUGAAGUAUGGAGACUAUCUUUAUCAGAUUGGACUUAUAGAUAUAAAUGCAAAAGCAAUUUUUCAUGACGCGGAGCAAUUGUUAAUAAAAUAUAUCCAACAGAAGAAAUGGAAUGAAGCUUUUGACGUGUUUGAUACACUUUUGAACGGUGACACUCGAUGGGGAACUCUCUUCUACAAUUUGACUGGCUUCACUUUCUACUUUAAUUACUUGCACAGUAAAGGCAGAGCUAACGAUUUUAUGGGGACCUACAUUCAACUUGCUGAGGUGAGGAAGGCCAUUCAUGUAGGCAACUUGACAUUCCACACAGAUAACAGAGUAGAAGAACAUCUGAAGGAAGAUGUGAUGCAGUCUGUGAAACCCUGGGUCGAAGUCUUGCUGGAAAAGUACAAAGUGCUGAUCUAUAAUGGACAGUUGGAUAUCAUUGUGGCGUACCCUCUCACGCUGGGGUUUUUGCAGGCUCUAGAUUGGAGUGGCGCAGCUGCUUAUAAAAAAGCACCAAGGGUACAGUGGCAUGUUGGUAAUAGUCUAGCUGGGUAUGCAAGAUCUGUAGGCAAUUUCACAGAGAUUCUGGUUAGAGAUGCUGGACACAUGGUUCCAUCAGAUCAGCCUAAGUGGGCAUUUGAUUUAAUUAACAGGUUUACUGCUAACAAACCUUUUAAUUGAUCCUGAUGUUGAAAUACAGAUAAAAGGUAUGAAGCACUGCACAAACAAUCAUCAUUCACUGAUGUUUCCACCACUUGAAAAUUUAUUCUCUCUUCUGUAUGUCCGCGUUUCUUUUCGUACUCUUUUAUGUAUUUUCCUUCCGUUUCUCUUUCAACCCUGUUCUUAGAUUCCCUAAUGGGUUGUUUAUUCAGUGUCAUCAUCAUUUCAGCUGCGAAUACAUGUGAUGAGUCUGAGCAAUUUAUUUCAAAGUAUUUCAAUUAUUUACAUAUAUGCAGUCAGCAGGCAAUUUUAAAUAGUAUGCUAUUGUUUGUAAUUUUUAAUAGAUUCAUUAUGAAGAAACAGGCAUAGUGGGAUAUCAUAUUAAGAUGGAUUUUAGAGGUAUAGUAUAUGAGAACUGGAAUUGGAAUGAGUUCAUAUAGUUUAUUAAAGCUGAGAAAACUGGAGACAAAGUUAAACAUUAAAAAAAUGUACUCACUUAAUAAAUGGACUGAAGUGCUUGUGUUUCCAUAACAAGGAUUAAGCUAAUUAAACUGUUACAUGUGACCAUAUACAAGAUAAUCGCCAUAAAAACAUAAUAAAAGUGUGUUUCAUAUUGUAAAACUUUAUAAUGUAUUUAAUUUUUAAACAGUUGUGGGGUAACCCAAAUUCUUACCUUAUUAUGUAAAAGUAAAUUUCAGCAGUUUCAAUAAAAACUGUUUAUUUACAGAGAAAAACUUA